AUGCGUUAUCUGUAUGGUCCUUCAUGGAAGAGAUUGAUAUUCGAUAAUGAUUGGGUGCAUACUGGUGACACGAAAUCCGUGCGACCAAGUCAGCGGGGUAGUCUGCCCGCGAUGGAAACCAACACUAACGGUAUCGCGACUUCUAUCUUUGGCGGAGACGCUCCACAAGAUCACCGACAGAGAGAUCUUUCGCAUGAUUCAACUUCAAACUCGAGGCCCGCGAUGGAAACCAACAUUCAGGGUAUCGCGACUUCUAUCGGUCAAUCUAUCUUUGGCGGGGACGCUCCACAAGAUCUUUCGCGUAUUUCGACUUCGAACUCGAGGCCCGCGAUGGAAACCAACAUUAAGGGUGUCACGACUUCUAUCGGUCAAUCUAUCUUUGGCGGGGACGCUCCACAAGAUCACCGACAGGAACCCCUCCAGCCAAAAAGCAGUCAUUCACUAGGCUCCCUCCAGAACGCCAUGAAAAACCUUGUUCAACUCACGAGCACGAUUACCUCACAGGCGGAAAACAUCAAAUCUGCAGCUAGAAAUGUAGCGUCCUUCCAACCCCUCCCUAUGACGGCGAUAUGCUCGCUCGAUGAGGAGGUCAAGAAGCUUGCAAACAUUGCUUCAAGUGUGAAUACUACUAUCGAUGCGCUCAACGAAGCUAGAGCACGUUCUGUUAUCAUGGGGCUCAAAUCACUCGGAAGCGAAGCCAUGACUAGCACAGUUGAGGAAUUGCUUUUACAUUUUGACGACAAGAUUAGAGAGAUCAUUCGAGAAAUCCUUGUUGGAACCAACGAUCAAAGCAUAUUGUGGAGAACUGCCGAGGAGUGCUACAAGCAAGCUGCUAGCCCUUUUGGAAUUCUCCGUGGCGAUGAGUACUUCUAUCCAAUUGAAGAAUCCCGUUCAGAAUGCCCAGAGCUCUUCCACAUCUUUCGAGCAAUAGCCGAGGAAAGAGAUCCAGGUGAAAAUAUACACCGGCGGAGUUGGAUCAAUUUUUGGGUUAGGGUGCUGAGCAAAAUACCGGCCGGGCCAACACUAUUCUACCCACCGAUAAGUUCUUUUGCACAGUCUCAGAGCUUCGAGAGCUUCCAAGCUGUCCCUCAGUACUUGUUCCGGACGUUCGAUGAGGAUAACUCAGGAAGGGAUGGCGAGAGUGUGGUAGCUUCUACAGCAAGCAUUGUUGGACCACAAAAGUAUAGCCGAAUCGAUCUUCUAGCUUUUGAAAGGCAUGAAGCAGCAGGUUUGCUAUAUCAACAUUUAACUAAAAGAUGUUCUGGCAGGGAGAGAUCCAAUAAUCUCACAUCCUGGACUAGCUCCCUACUCGUCGCUAUUCAAUAUGCACUUUGGAGCCUCCAGUACCGUAAAUGCCGUCCAUCUGAUAUCAAGAUAUGUGUAGUUGAUACAAACAAAUUUCCCCCGGGACAAUUUGCGCGAGAUACCUGGUUAAUCAACGCGUGCAAAUCGAAGGUCAACGCACGCGAAUCGAAUACCGGACAAGAAGAUCCGACCGAAGAGUUUUUCAAGUUCCGACUCAGGCAAGAAGGCUUCUGUCAUGGCGAGUUCCUCUCCCAAGGAGCAGUAAACCAUACAAAUCGAUCCUGCGUAGUCUCUCUAGAGCACUUAAUACAGGCCGGACUCUUUCAAUUGUAUCCCGAGUUCAAGGACGCCAGAGGUGGUCAGAAAUGGACCGAACGAGUUAUAGAGUUGCGUCGAAACUGGUCAGGGGAGAAAGGAACGACUGACCAGGAGAUAGAUCUUGCGGUCAAGAUAGGGAGUGAGUGCUUCAGUCGAUUUGCAGCAUUUGAUAUGGCUUCCAUCGUCCUUGCAUUUAAGAAUCGCAGAUACGGUGAAACAGCACGCAUAAGGAAAGACGAGAAGAAUGGGCAGACAAGCCAAUCGAAGUCCAUCGAUACUGGGUGGUUACUAAAGUAG